CUGUGUUGGUGUAGAAGAAGAUGAGGCACCAGAUAUUGAUAUUUACCACUGUCCAAACUGUGAGAAAACCCAUGGAAAAUCUACUUUAAAAAAGAAAAGAAAUUGGCACAAACAUGACACUGGUCAAGCAACAGAAGUAAAGCCUGUCCAGAAUGGCAGUCAAGUGUUUAUCAAAGAACUUCGAAGUCGUACAUUCCCCAGUGCUGAAGACAUGGUAAUAAAAGUGACUGGAAGCCAACUAACAGUUGAAUAUUUGGAAGAAAACGGAUUCACAGAGCCUAUUCUCAUCCCGAAGAAGGACGGCUUGGGCCUGUCAGUACCUGCACCAACGUUUUAUGUCAGUGAUGUUGAAAACUAUGUUGGACCAGAAAGGAGUGUGGAUGUUACAGAUGUCACUAAACAGAAGGACUGCAGGAUGAAACUAAAAGAAUUUGUUGAUUACUAUUAUAGCACAAAUCGAAAAAGAGUCCUCAAUGUAACUAACUUGGAGUUUUCAGAUACAAGAAUGUCCAGUUUUGUAGAAUCUCCUGAAAUAGUGAAAAAGCUCUCUUGGGUGGAAAACUAUUGGCCUGAUGAUGCUCUGCUGGCAAAACCAAAAGUGACCAAAUACUGUCUGAUUUGUGUGAAAGACAGCUACACAGAUUUUCAUAUUGACUCUGGUGGAGCCUCCGCCUGGUAUCACAUCUUAAAAGGAGAAAAAAUAUUUUAUCUCAUCAAACCAACCUCUGCAAAUAUCUCCCUUUAUGAGCGUUGGCAGUCAGCAGCAAAUCACAGUGAGAUGUUUUUUGCUGAUCAAGUGGAUAAAUGUUACAAAUGCACAGUUAAACAAGGACAAACACUCUUCAUUCCAUCAGGAUGGAUUUAUGCAACUUUAACACCUGUUGAUUGCCUGGCCUUUUCAGGACAUUUUCUACAUAGUUUAACUGUUGAGAUGCAGAUGAGAGCAUAUGAAGUUGAAAGACGAUUAAAAAUUGUCAGCUUAACCCAGUUUCCCAAUUUUGAAACAGCAUGUUGGUACACAGGAAGACAUCUGAUGGAAUCAUUUAAAGGAUUGCACAAAGCUGGAAAGCAGCCUCCUUCCCAUUUAGUCCAGGGAGCAAAAAUCCUAAAUGGUGCUUUCAGGUCUUGGACUAAAAAGCAGGCUUUAGUGGACCAUGAAGAUGAACUCCCAGAACAUUUUAAGCCAGCACAACUGAUUAAGGACCUUGCCAAAGAAAUAAGAUUAAGUGAAAAUGCUUUGAAAGUCAACAAACCUGAAGUGGGUGUUAAUGUGAACGUUGUGGAAAUCACCCCUGCGGAGAAAGAAGAAAUACCGUCACCUCCACCACAAACGCCUCCACCACCUCCUGCGCCACCAUCGCCGCCUCCACAACCACCACCACCACCGCCAUCUCCUCCUCCUCCACCACCAACCGCUGAAAAAGUCCCUAAGAAAAAGACCCCCAAAGCAAUAAAAGCACUGAAACCCACCAAACUAUCUAAACCUCCCAAGCCACCUAAGCCUCCCAAGCCCCCUAAACCCCCCAAGCCCCCCAAAACCCCAAAAGUAAAGGGGGAAGGGAAGAAAAAAGGCAAAAAAGUUAAAGAACCACCUCAACCUGCCAUUCCAAAUUUAGACCUUCUUGAGGCCCACACAAAAGAGGCCCUAACUAAGAUUGAAACACCAAAGAAGGGAAAGGCUGCCAAGAAUGCUUUGAACACCCCUAAUAAAGAACCCAUUGAUAAACAAAAUGAAGUGGAAAAGUUUGAGAUUCGGGAGCAGAAUAAAUCCAAAACAGAAGCAAAAUGGAAAUAUAAGAACAGUAAACCUGAUUCAUUACUGAAAAUGGAAGAGGAGCACAAACUGGAAAAGACACCACUGUCAGGAAAUAAAGACAAUAAAUUUAUGUUUUCUUUCUCCAACAAGAAAUUACUGGGAUCAAAGGGAAUGAAAACUCAGUUGAAUCCUGGUAUAUUUGGGUCACAGCAAAAUUUCAAAGAAGAUAAAGCAAAACCUGUGAAAGACGAAUAUGAAUAUGUCUCAGAUGAUGGAGAAUUGAAGAUAGAUGAAUUUCCAAUUAGAAGGAAGAAAAACACCACGAAAAGAGAUUUAUCAUUUUUAUCAGAUAAAAAAGAGACCACACAGCACACUCCAGUGAAGAAGCCAAAAGUGGAAUCAGUAUUAUACAAGAGUGAUGACUCCUCUGAUGAAGAUUCUCUUCACAUUGACACCGAGGCCAAGCCAGGGCGCAAUUCUAAGGCGAAGAAAGAGACUGCAAGUUCAGCGGGCAUCCUAGAUCUUUUGCAGGCAAGCAAGGAAGUUGGGGGCUUAGAGUACAACAGCAACAGUCAACCACCGGCAUCUCCCAGCACACAGGAAGCUAUCCAAGGGAUGUUAUCAAUGGCAAAUCUCCAGUCUUCAGACUCUUGCCUACAGCCUUCAUGGGGCACCAAUCAAGCUAAGAAUAAUUCCAUGUCUGCCCCCAAUUCCAAAAAAUCUGGCAGCAGCAAUAGCAAAAAUGCAGGCAAACGAUUGUUGAAAAAGACUGCAAAAAACAGCAUUGAUAUUGAAGAUUAUUAUGAAGACCAGGACCACUUAGAUGCCUGUUUUAAAGAUUCUGAUUAUGUUUAUCCCUCCCUUGAAUCAGAUGAAGAUAAUCCAGUGUUCAAAUCUCGAUCAAAAAAGAGGAAAAGUUCCGAUGAUGCACCUUACAGCCCCACAGCAAGAGUUGGUCCAUCAGUACCACGGCAGGACAGACCGGUCCGAGAAGGUACAAGAGUUGCUUCUAUUGAAACUGGAUUGGCAGCAGCUGCUGCCAAGUUAUCUCACCAGGAGGAGCAAAAGGGCAAGAAGAAAAAGAAUACCAAAAAGAAAUUAUCUCCCAACAAUGCCAAUAAAAUCCCUCAGGAAGGCAGCUCUCCUGAACCUCAGCUGGAGUGCCAUAGCAGUAGUUUAGCAGACCACGAGUACACAGCUGGUGCCAGCACUCUUGGGGUGGCCCAAAUGAACAGAGGCCCUCAGCCCAUGGCCCCGGGAGUUUUCCUUACACAACGGAGAGCCUCAUCAUCAUCACAGAAUAAUGCAGCUGCCAAAGGGAAACGUACAAAAAAAGGCAUGGCCACAGCUAAACAAAGGCUUGGGAAGAUUUUGAAAAUUCAUCGGAAUGGGAAACUUCUCCUUUAAAAUCCGGUCAUAAUUGGGACUAUCAGAGCUCAGCGUACCCUGAGCUGUCACACUAGCUCUUCAACUCUUGAAGGACUCCAGUAGUAUUGUGCAACAUCUUAGGGACAAUACCAGUUAACUUUUUGCCACCACUUUAAUAAAUUCUUUUUAACUUUCAGCAGUUAAAACCUGUACAGAUACUGCUAUAAAUAU